AUGACGGGGAGUGAGUUUAAUUCUUUGUCUGGGUCUGGGGGAGGAGGUGCGCACUCUGUGCCGACUGGUUUGGUUGUGGAUAACAGUGAUUGGGAUACCACUUCCACAGGGCUUGAGGGACCUUUUCAGGACGGUGGUGGUGGUGGUGUUGGGUAUUCGAAUCACCCUCAUCCAUUUCUCACCGCGGCGUAUACUCCCUUCCUUACCGAGAACAGCGCGGCAAACGCUGCGGCGCGGGGGUUUGAAACACAACCGCAGCAGCAGCGGUUUAGCACGCAAAUGCUUUCAUACAACACGACGGCGGCGGGAAAAUUCGUUUCGAAGCCCGCACCACCACCGCCGCCACCAUCACUGUCGUCGGCGUCGGGAUUUCAACUUUCCCAGGCGCAGGGGAACGAGUACUGGACUUCAAUGUCUGCCAUCACGACGACGACAGGGGGGGAUCAAAUUAUUAAUAACUGGAAAAUGGAUUAUAAUAACAGCAAUAACGGCUUAUCAGAUUUUGGUCGCCAAUGCACGUAUGACGAGUUCAUCCCUCUACCUCUGCAGACGGGGGUAGGGAGGCCAUCUUCUUUCGGACUGGGCGAGGAUGGUCAGUCACCUGAGACGCUGCAUUUCAGCCCAAACGAUGAGGGACAGGGAGGAUACGGUGAGAAAAUCUGGGGGGAUGCACUGAAAUGUCAUGGGCAGAACUUACCUUCGCACCACGGACUACCGUAUACGUUUUUCGACGACAGCAGCACCGCGAAUAUUCCCUCCGCUGGCGCCUUCCCGCCUUGGACGGAUACACCGGGCUUAGACACCAUAGCACCCAAGGCCCUCACACUAAGCUCAUCAUCCAUUUCCUUCUCCGGAUCCUCGAGCUCAGACUGUGGAUCCCUAGACUCGGUAUCAACGCACGACGGACCCUUCCACUCCACCACCGAGAUCCAAAGCAUUCAAGAGGUCUUAAAACAGGAGGCAAACCAAGAGGUGACAGUGAGGCAUAAAUUACCCACAAGGCCCCUGAGGCAGUACGUCACCAUCGCUCCCAGCCUCGAACGAACCAGACAGGUAGUUUCGACGAGGGCGACUACUUCCAAGGAGACCAAGGCCUCCCGCCCCUCCCCCGCACCCCCCCUCAACCCCCCCGCCCCGACCCCACACCCCCAAACCCGGAGCACCAAAGACGCCUUCCUCAUCACCUCCAAACGAGCCGGGAUGUCCUACCGCGCAAUCCGCCAAGCCGGUAACUUCAGCGAAGCCGAAUCCACCCUUCGCGGUCGCUACCGCACGCUGACGAAGCAGAAGGAGGAGAGGGUCAGGAAGCCGGAGUGGACGGAGGGGGAUGUGAGAUUGUUGAGGGAGGGGGUGGAGAGGUUUAGCUGCGGGAAGGGGAGAGGGAGGGGGAGGGGGAAGACGCCGUGGAAGAGGGUGGCGGAGUUUAUUGAGGGGAAUGGGGGGAGUUAUCGGUUUGGGAAUGCUACUUGUAGGAAGAUGUGGGAUCGGUUGGGGGGGGAAGAGGAGGGUUACGUCGAUACCAGCCUUGUUGGAUCUAGCCACUUAGAUAAAGCCGCCAUCACCAACGCAUCUGGUGAAGCCAUUUGGGCUAUCACACCCGGAUCCAACAAGCCGAGCUGCAGAAGAUUGCCGCAGCCCUUUGAGGCGGCGAGGCAGCAGACAAGGCGUGCGCUGAGGGAAUUUACGUCGCCGGCGAGCGAUUCGAUGUUUCCAAGGCCGAUGGACGUUUUUAUGGACGAAAAGUAG